UCCUAAUUAGACAAGUAGGUCGACAGAGCGAGCCAGCCCUAAGGUUGCUUUGUGUACAUGCGUUUGACUCUUGGUUAGUGUGUGUUUUAUGUUGUGUUGUACUGUGUGCGAGGCUGGGGAGGUUAUGGUGUCCUGGUUGUUUCAGAAAUAAGAGAGUCUGGGUGAGAGAUUCGAGAGGGAUUCUCAGCACUUGUGUUGCCUGUGGCUGAGAAGUUGUGGAAAUCAUAUUCAGUAUCAAUAUUUAAACAUAUUAUCUUAUGUAGCAUUUUUGUUGUAUGGCAGGAUUGACACUCGACACCACAACAUAUUUGUAACAUUUCAGGACUGGGUUUUAUAGGCGAUUGAAGGCAAACGAUCAUCUAAACAAUUUCCUACGACAUGACUGACAACUUCAAUUUUGAACCUUCAAGCUUAAUUUUUCAUUUGAUUUGAUUUUCCGUAUUUCAACCAAACUGUCACACAUGUUGACAUGAAUAUGAUUGUAAAGAAAAUUUCAUUACAACGAGAGUGGAUUGGUGUGUGUAGAAAGUCCUGUCAGGAAUCCCGCAGUUAGUAGAGUUGAUGACAUGUCAGAAGGCCUGGCAGGUUUUACUAGAGUACAUUUGUCUACACUCACGAAAAAGUCAAGGUGACCCAAGAUCGAGCGUGGGUAAUAUAAUCCUCAUCAGGCGAUGUUAAUAUGUUGACUGUCGCUCUUCGGCAACCUUUGUAAAGCAGCUUGAACUAGAAGAGACAAAGAAAGAAAGUAGUAAAAUAUUGUGAGGACAGCAAUAUUCAAAAACACGUUUAGGUAAGACUAGUACAGUCAGGCUUGGUAAUAUUUUUUAAAGUAUGUCAGUGACCGCGGCUGACAGAACAGUGCAAAGUACCCCACAGCAGAUUUUUUUCUUCUUUCAUAAAUUUUAUGAUGUCUUGCCUUGAGUAUAGAAAAAUGUGAGAAGAUAACUGUAACGUAGUAGAGGGGGAAUGGCGGGAAGGUCGACAGCCGUUGUUGAUUUGGUCUAGGGUAGUCUGCUGGAUGUUAUUUGGGAAGUCCUUGAGCAAAUGACAUAAGAUGUGACGUCAAGAUAACGUGACGGCAAAAAAGGUGACGACAAAAAUAGAGGAGAAUAACGUAGGAAGAACGGUAAGCGCCAGUGGACGGCUGAACACAAAUUGGUGGAUUGGUGGUUUUUUUCUGCACCAACUCGCUGCUACUGCGACCCAUGAGGAAGUAUUACCGUGGGAGUAAUACGGAGUAUGUACUACAGUGGAUGUACAUCACUGGUCGUGUUUUCUGUAGUCUGCGUCAUCGCCGUGAGAGCUCUGAGGUUUGAGCGACACGCAGGGCAAGUUCUUGGGGGCCAAGAAACUGCACACCGACGUUGGCGAGCAGGAGCAGUGGACAUGGAGGGAGCAGGGAGUAGGCUACCCUGCCUUUCCUUACGCUGAAGCACCGACUACCUCUAGGGAGGGCACCAGGAAAGCCGAGACUAACCCAAGAGGAAGGGAGGCUUCCUCUUAGUUUGGUCUCAGCCACAUCUUGCUCUACCCACCCACCUGACAGCAACUUAUCGUGAGCUCAGAGAUAGCAGACGCCCAAAGGGAUUUAAAAAAAAUUUGCUCUUCAGCUUUGCGCUCGAUGGUGUCAUCAACAAAUCGUCGAAGUGACCGGCUUCUGUUUAAAGAGAGGACUAAAAGCGCAUCCAAAACAUGAAGAUGAGACGAUUUCUGCUUUGGAAAGCUCUGUGCUGCCUCGUGUUGCUGCCCCUGUGUGUGGGGGGUAAGAGAGUUGUCUUCAUGCCCUCGCCCUUCACCAGCCACACCAACUACCACACGAACGUAGCGCGGACCCUCGCUCGGCAAGGUCACGAGGUGUGGUUGACCAUGCCCGACUACAUCGUCAACAGGCGGGUGUUGGACACGACUAACUUGACUGUCAUCGAGUACCAGACAUUGAUAAACUUUGAGGAGAUUAUGACGGCCGCUUUCCCCGGCAACUAUUUUAAAGGAUUGUCUGAUGAUUUUAGUGUGCUUAUGUCUAUUGGCUUACAAUUUUGUGAUACUCUUCUUACCAACGCUUCUUUCUUCCAGAAGGUUAAAGAACUGCGUCCAGAUCUUUUCGUUUUCGACAAUGUACGGUUCAUGAACAUGAUGACGAUAAUAUCAUAUAGACUUGGGGUGCCUUUUGCUUUUCUUGGAGCAUUUUACGACCCCAGCUACCAGCGAAUCCCUUUACAACCUUGCAACAUACCAGGGCCAAUUUUUUGUUACAGCCAUCACAUGAGUUUUCUUCAGCGAGUUUUAACCACUGUAAUUCAUGUUUUUUCUUCUGUGGUGGACGGAUUUUCCUACAAAGACGCAGUCAGUCGCUAUGCACCAGAAAUGCCUUUCCUUACUAUAGACAUGCUUGUAGCAAGAGCUGAGAUCUGGUUGGUUACCACGGAACACAUCCUAGACUACCCGAGACCAUCGAUGCCCAAUGUCAAACUAAUUGGAGGAACAGUUACAGGUCCUGGUAAACCAUUGCCACCGCAGUUCAAAUCUUUUAUGGAUGAUGCAAAAGAAGGAGUUGUCAUCGUAUCGUUUGGUAGCUAUGUCCUCAGUCCACCAGAACCAAUUACACAAAAAAUCAUCAGUGUUCUACAGGAUUUACCUUUUAAAUCCGUUUUCCGCUCCAACAUUUCGUCACCGAACUCAAAGAAGAUCCUGACGUCGUCAUGGAUACCUCAAAAUGACCUGCUGGCUCACCCCAACACUCGAGUGUUUGUCAGCCAAUGCGGUAAUGAGGAUCAGUACGAGGCUCUGUUCCACGCCGUGCCAGUGGUGGCUACGCCGAUCUUUAUUGACCAGUUCUACAACGCCGAGCGCAUGCGCGUAAAGGGCAUGGCAGAGACUGUCGACCUCAACACCGUCAGUACAGACCAACUGCAAUCCACCAUUCUCAAAGUGGCCACCAACACGAGCUACAAGCAGGCCAUCACCAAAGCCUCGGAACUGUUUAAAAUCGAAUUCGGUGAUCCUGUGGAGAAAGCGGCCUACUGGCUUGAUCACGUGAUGAAAUAUGGCGGCAGUCACCUUCGUUCGUCAGGACAUGAAGUUCCUUUCUUACAAUUUUCUUGCUUGGAUGUUUAUGCUUUUCUUUUAUCUUGUGUACUACUGAUACUGCUGAUUGUAGUGUAUCUGGUUUAUAAAGCAUUCAAAUGUUUCUUCUCGAAAUCAAAGCCAAAAUUAGAAUAAAAAAGGAAUGAAUACUACUAAAAUGAUGUUAAAGAUUUCUUAAACUUACAGAAGUUAGUAAAUAAACAAUAAAUCUAGCCAUUGACCAACAUGGGCAAAAUAGUUUGCUCCAGUUUUGAAAUUAACUAAGCACAUUACUAAAUAAUUUUUCCCUGAUAAUCCUUCAGAAAAUAAGGUUUCUUGCAUUAUUGUAACUGAAAUGUUCUAUUCCUCUUUAUAUUUUAAUGUUUUCUUGUUAGUUUUAUUCACCUUCAAACAGCUAUAAAAACAUUUUACGUAGCAAACUUUUUUGCAAAAUUAGGAAAAAACAUUGAGAUUGGUGUUUGUUUUAGUUUUCUUUUUUUUUCUUUUUUUUUCCUUUUUCAAACCGAUACAAAAUACAUCUUAUUAAAAAAAGUAAAGUAUGCUAUGAUUAUUAAAUGCGUACUUGUUAUAACAAAGUAACGUAUGUUGUAAAAUAAAUAAUGUGAGCUACUGACAUUGCUGAUAGCAGUAUGUUUGAUAUACCUUGUAUGUCAUUGGUUUUUUGCUCCAACUUAAAGGCAAAAAAGAGGAAAAUUUAGUUAAAAAGACUUUUGACCUACUUGACUAUUUGUUACGUAUAUUUGUUAAAAAUGUCACCAUAUAAAUGUAUUUAAAGUGCUCUUUAAAACGGAUUAUCACAGGUAGUAGUUUUUAUUGUAGGUUAAUAAAAAUAAAUUUUAAAAUAUCACGGUGGAAAUUUCAUUCGCUGGAACUCGCCGCUAAGUAAACAAACAUGUCGCGGGUUACCGCAGCCGCGUAGCCUAUGUGUUUAGCAAAGGUUUUCCAAAAUAAAUUAUUGGUCUAUUUACAGAAUCGAGUACGUAUUUCUUUAUUGAUUUCCGUGUCUAAAUUGGUGGUAGUUGCUUUUUCCGUCUUUCUAUGACGAUAGGCAAAAGAAAAAAAAAACCCCGGAAACUACUAAUAUGGAAACAAGUUUAUCUGUGCAAAAUUCUUCGCAUUUCUGCUUUUUAACCUUCUUGCUAUUUUGCCAUUGAUUUGCAAUGUAUUCCUCCAUAUUUACAAUUGAGUUUUGACUUAACGCUAGCAAAAUAAUUUAAAUCCCAGCAAUCCUUGUAGAUGCAAGGGUUGUUUUAUCAUCGGGACUAAAAUGUUUUUUCUGUUGCUCUUUAUAACAAGUUUUAUUUGUUGGUCCAUUUUUUUUCUUUCUUUGAUACUUGUAUUUAGUUUUAUUAUCUUUAAAGGGAUACAGCAAUAUGGCGAGUUACCCUACUAUUAUAAACGUUUAAAGAAAAUGCCCAGAUGCGUUUUUAAUUUUUAAUUAAAUUUAAUUCCGAUCUUUUACAAAAGAAAACAAAUUUAAGCAAUGUUAUUACCUAACAGCAGCUUGUUAUCAUUCUAGUUAGUGAAUUGGCAACCAUACAAAUUGUCCUGAUCAUGGGCGUGCAUGACUGGCUUCUGUAUUUACUUUGUGUA